UUUUAUUUUUAUUUUUAUUUUCUGAUGUGAGGGCCAUUUUAGUCAUUUACUAUAGAUAUGGAUUAAAUUAUGAGUUCUUCCUAAUGGACAGAAUUGAUAAUUGACUUGGUAGUAUACAUUUGAUAAUUUCACUUUUAUUUAUGAAUAAAAAUUAUAUAAUAAUAGAAACAUCUGACCUAAGCUAACAUAAAUAAUCAGAGAGAAAAUUUGGUAAUUAUUUAAAUCCAUAAGUGAAGGUAUAAUGGUGUAUUAGAUAGAUGUUAGAGUUUCCAACGUUUGGUGAAGAAAAAGCAACAAAGAAACUAAAAAAUAAUUGACCCAAAACCAGAAAUUCCAAGCUGGGUGUGAAUUAUGAGAGUUGGAGGAAAAGCUGAUGACUUCAUGCGCUCAUCUCAUCUCAAACCUAAACCAAAACCAACCCCCCCCCCUUUUUUUUUUCUUUUAUUAUUUUAAACCAUUUGUAUCCAUUAAAAUAUUAACUAGUAAUUGUCAUCGUGAUAUGAACACGAAUAAACGAUAAUCCAAAUUAGACGGAUGGAAAAAAAGAAAAAAAAAAAAAGAGAAAAAGGAAGAAGCUUUCGUUGAUUCCACACAGGAGACAAAUCCAAAGAAUUGGGAAUGGAAAUUGGAAUGUCCACAAAUGUAGUCUCCUCCAGUCUUCCCAGAUGCUCUCCAAUACCACUCGACGAAUUUUUCCGUCUUUGUCUCUCUCCUUCUCUUUUGGGUUUUGGAUUGCUUGCUUUGUUACCCAACUUUUCAAAAUCAUCAGACAGCUAAAGUUCAUCCUCUUCCCAAAAUCCCAACUCAGAAAGUGCAAAUACCAUAUUAUAUGCUGUCAAGUGUCAAACUUCCUUUCAUAAUGAACACCAUUUCUCUUUCUACAAAACUCUCUUUCUCCUCCCUUUUCCACUUCCGCCACUAAAGCCCCCUCCUCUUUUAGAAUCCCACAUUUUAGUCUUCUACUUUAAGCCCCAGAAGUAGGAGUAGUGUUGAGGCUAACGAAAUGACUAUUGCUGAAGUUAGGCCUGAAGAUGGUGAGGAUGAUAGUCCUCCUUUGCUUGACCCUGAGAUCAAUUCCAUACCUCGUCGUAUUGCUCUCUUUAUUGAGCCUUCUCCCUUUGCAUACGUGUCGGGAUACAAAAACCGCUUCCAGAACUUCAUUCGCUAUCUACGUGAAAUGGGUGACGAGGUGAUGGUUGUGACAACUCAUGAAGGUGUACCAGAGGAGUUUUACGGUGCAAAAUUAAUUGGAUCGCGAAGCUUUCCAUGUCCCUUGUAUCAUAAGGUGCCACUUUCUCUAGCACUUAGUCCAAGAAUAAUUUCAGAAGUUGUUCGGUUUAAACCCGACAUCAUACAUGCUUCAUCACCGGGGAUAAUGGUGUUCGGAGCUCUGAUUAUAGCAAAACUAUCAAGUGUACCGCUAGUUUUGUCUUACCAUACUCAUGUACCAGUAUACAUUCCAAGGUAUACAUUUAGUUGGUUAGUUAAACCCAUGUGGCUUGUUAUAAAAUUCCUCCACAGAGCGGCUGAUCUUACCUUGGUUCCAUCUGCUGCAAUUGGCAUGGAUCUUGAAGCUGAAAGAGUGACAGCAGCUAAUAAGAUUCGACUUUGGAAUAAGGGUGUAGAUUCUGCUAGCUUUCAUCCUCGCUUUCGCUCUCAGGAAAUGAGAUUGAGACUUAGUGGCGACGAGCCUGAUAAACCACUGAUAAUCCAUGUUGGACGACUUGGAGUUGAGAAGAGCUUGGAUUUCCUCAAAAGGAUCAUGGAUAGACUUCCCGAAGCAAGAAUUGCGAUCGUUGGAGAUGGUCCAUACAGGGAGGAGCUAGAGAAGAUGUUCACUGGCAUGCCUGCAGUAUUUACGGGCAUGUUGUCUGGGGAAGAGCUAUCUCAGGCUUAUGCCAGCAGCGACAUUUUCGUAAUGCCUUCCGAAUCAGAGACAUUGGGACUCGUCGUAUUAGAGGCUAUGUCCUCUGGGAUCCCCGUGAUCGGAGCUCGUGCUGGUGGAGUUCCAGAUAUAAUCCCUCCCGAACAAGAUGGUAAAAUCGGCCACCUUUAUACCCCGGGAGACAUCGAUGACUGCUUAAACAAGCUGAAGCCUCUGUUGGACAAUCGUGAACUGAGGGAAACAAUGGGGAAAGCAGCUCGCAAGGAGAUGGAGAAGUACGACUGGAAAGCCGCAACUCGAAUAAUCCGUAAUGAACACUACAAUCUUGCCAUAUGGUUCUGGCGCAAGAAAAGAGUUGAGUUUCUAAGACCAUUUCAAUGGCUGUUUAAUCGAAUUUUUCCAUCCCCAUAAGUUAAUUAGCAGUGAAAUGCUUCAUAUUUCUACCA